AUGAUCUGCAGUUAUAACGCACGUACGCUUGCGUCAGAGGCGGCCAUCGAAGAUCUGAUGAUGCAAGCCAAGAAGAUUAGGUGCGACGUCUACGGACUGACCGACACAAGACGUCACCCUCUCAACGCCGUAUAUGAAACUAGAGAACUGUUCUUAGAAACAUGCGAAAGUAGAGGUGUUGGAGGAGAUGGUGUCCCCAUCAACACGACUUUGACUCUCUUCGUCGCUCACACUCCAACAUCAAACUACGAAAAAGAAGAGGUCGAAGCUUUCUAUAUGGACUUGGAGGAGUUCUACAGAGAAGACCAUGCCUUCUACAAGGUCAUAAUUGGCGAUUUCAACGCCAAAGUUGGCCCAAGAACAACGCCUGAGGAACUUCACAUCGGGACCCACGGCCUACAAUGGAAUGACCAGGGGGAGAGGCUCGCCGAGUUCAUCAUGACGACUAAGACCAUCCAUGGGAACUCGCAAUUCCAGAAGCCCUCCUCUCUACGCUGGACGUGGGAGUCACCCGAUAGAGGCUCCCGUAAUGAAAUAGACCACAUCAUCGUCAAUAAAAGGUUCUGCCUGACGGACGUCGCUGUUGUGCCAAAGUUCUAUACGGGGUCGAACCAUCGCCUCCUCCGAGGAAGAUUUUCCUUCACAAGGAGAAAAGAGAAAGCCGCGAAGUUCAGAGAGAGAAGUCCCAGAACUAUCAUUAACCGAGAUCUCUUCGUUACGCUAGCAGGCUUUUGGGAAGAUUCCGCAAUGGACAGCAUCGGCGAGGAAUAUGACCGAACCCGAAGGGAACAACCAUUACAUCGAGAAGGAGGAAGAAGAAAAUCAUCUACGACUUCUACUCUGAUCUCUUCGACAUGUCCACUUGCCUCCUCACCAUUUGAGGGAAGAUGGACAUGUCAUUUCACAGGUUCUCCGUCCGAAAUACGACAUGCUAUGUUGUCGGAAAGAAAUCGUACGGCACCCGGUCCCGACAGAAUAAGACCAGAACACCUGAAGAGCCUUCCGCCAGUACUCAUCAACACCCUGGCGAGGCUCUUUACACGUUACCUGUCGGAAUGCAAGGUUCCAGAACAGUGGGAGACAAGCAAGACAGUGUUCUUGUAUAAAAAAGGAGAUCCACGUGGAGUGAUCCUUAAUAGGAUUGAAAAAGUCUUGGAUGAAGGACAGACAUACGAGCAAGCAGGGUUUCGAAAAGGAUUCAGCACGAUAGACCACACUCACACUGUUUCGAAACUCAACUCAACUAUCGCGAGAGUACAAGAUGCCGCUGUGUCUCACCCUUGUCGAUUUAAGGAAGUCUUUGACUCAAUAGAGACGGAAACGGUCAUGGAAGCCUUGGACUACCGAGACGUCCCUACUCAGUACAUAAAGAUGGGGCUCCGAAAGGGUUAUACAAUCUCACGCAAAAUAUUCACAGCCACCCUCGAGAACGCAAUGCUAAAGUUAGAAGGGGACGACAUGGGAGUGAAGGCUGAUGGUCGCAUCAGCCAAGUGGAACGAAUCCUGACCGAAUGCGACGAAACAUCUGGAUGCAUCGGUCUCCAGCUGAAUCUGCAAAAGAAGAUGUUCUUGCGCAACGGGAAGUUCUUCAAAGAAAAUUAUGAUGCUCUUCGUGUCCAACGCGAAAAGAGGAACUACUGGGAGACUCGGGCAUGCGAUAUGUGCAAAAGGAAGAAUAACUGGCGCCCGCUUGAACAGUUCGAAGAUCAACGGAAGUCAAGUUGA